AUGUAUAUAAUACUUUUUAAUUUACUUAUCGUGGCAGCUUCUACUACUACGUGUUUUGCAUUACCCAAGAAAAGAGCAUUCGAUGGUUGCUUGGAAGCAUCUUUUGCACCUACACCCGAUACGUGUGCCAAAUUCGAAUUUCAGGAUCAACCACGUGGAAUAUGCGUAGAACUUGGACGUGGUAGUACGGCGUUUGCUGAUAUCGACGGCUUCCCAGAUGUUGGAUCAGUCGACUCCAAGGUUACACAUGUAGCCAGCAUGGUUACCAAUGUGUUUGAAUAUGGCACCAAAGCGUUUAGUUAUGCUGAAUGUGCCAAUAUCGGUGACAUGCGUGGGUUCACGUGCGGCUAUAUUGGAUUCACGACAGGAACCAACGACGCAUCCCAAGUGGUAAAAACAUACACCGAGGAGAAGCCUGGAAAUGAGCUCGCUGGAUUUUUAAGUCGUCUAAAUGACUUGGAUGCGUUAGACACGUGUGAUUUAGGGGAAAGAGCCAGUACCAGUGGAUUGGAACAAUUUUGUGAUGCAUGGCGACGCGAAGCAUGUUUGGAUAACCACUUUGCCAAAGUGCAAGCCGAUUGGGCCUAUGAGCACUACGUGGUACCAAGUGCAAGAAUUGCUGCAUCCGUUGGCGUACAUAGCCCACUUGGUCAACUUGUUUUUUAUGAUGCCAUUAUUCAACAUGGAUACCAGUUUACCGAGCCCCAUAUCAACGUCCUACGUUUGCUAGAAUUAACCGGACCUCGUCAACAAGAUGAAAGCGAGCAACAAUAUUUGACACGUUUCUUGACAACACGUCGACAAAUGCAAUGUUGUUAUCCUGAUGGUGUUUGGCCUGCCAGUGCCACGCGUACCAUUGAUUUACAAAGCCUUGUGGAUCAAUUUGAUGCUCUCCAAAAUCUAGAUAGACCUCUUGUACUUAAUCGCUUUGGUCAAACAGUGGAUCCAAAUGAACCUGCUGUUCCAAACAGUAACUCAUGCAGCGGUGUUGUCGCAUGA